UGCUUUCCUUUUUCUUCUUCUAGUGGCCGCCGCCCGUCGCCACACGCCCAGCCGCAGGUCCUCCUUCCUCCGCUCCCCGUCCGCGGCGGCCGAAGCAAGGCGGCGUUUUCUACGUACGGUUUUGUGUAGUUUGUGUGAGCGAGCGAUGCGGGCGGAUCGAUUGAUGGCGGAGGGGGGCAAGCGGAUCGACCUGGGCGCGCCGCUUCGCUCGGUGCGCCACGCCGACGCGCUGCCUUACUACAAGGCCGACCUCAGCUCCGGCCCCGUCCGGCACCCCGGCGCGGUGCCCUUCGUCUGGGAGCAGCGGCCUGGGCAGCCCAAGAGCGUCCGCACCCGCCGCGCGCCGCCAGCCACGACCGCGUCCCAGCCGCGGCCGUUGGAGGACGGCGUGGAGGAUGAGGUCGACGGGAGCCCCUACCACGACGCUCUCGGGGAGCGCUGUGGCGGGGCGCUUCAUGGCGUCGACGCUGCCCCCGCCGGUAACCGGGCUGGCGUGUCGCCGCGUGAGGAGGAGAGAACGCAGGUGGCGGCGACGGCGGUACGGGCGAAGAAGGAAGUGACGGAGAAGCAGCAGGCGGUGUCCGUGGCGGCAGUACUGCGGAAGGAAGAUUACGACGAAGACGACGACGACGACAGGUUCUCAGACGCGCUCGACACGCUCUCCCGGACGGAGUCCUUCACCGUGAACUGCAGCGUCAGCGGCCUCAGCGGCAUGCUGGAGCCCGUCUCCCGUGCGGCCGGCGGCGCCGAGCCAGGCGCACGCGGCAUCAUGAUGGAUAGAUUCCUACCAGCUGCGCAUGCUGUGGCCGUUGGCUCCCCACAGUACACCUUCCGGAAGGCAGGCGCAGCCAGCUCCACCGGCAACUCCGGCCGCGAGCUCGCGCGUGCAGAUGGUGCGAAUGCAAGUGCAGGCAAUGGCGAUGAGGCCGUGAGGAGGACGCCCGUCCAGCUCCCCUACCAGCAUCUGCCUCCCAAUUAUUUGUCCUGCAACUACCCCAGACGUGAUGAACUGGAACAGGAAGAGGAAGAUGACGACGAUGACUAUGAUGUGCAUAGUACCCGGGGUUUUGCCUCCAAGGGGUGUGGCUUGCUCCCAAAUCUCUGUGUGAAGAGUUCCUUGUUACUUCUGAAUCCAGUGCCUGCGAUGAAGCGUGGCAAGGCACGGGGGAAUGGAAGGGUCCGGGAGCUCGCAUCCAAGGGCAGAAGGCAAGGGGCACCAAGUCCGCUUGCCCGGAGCUCACAAAACAAGCAUCCUGCCUCUGCUACCAAUGGGCAGUCCUGGGAGGACGUAUACAAGCACAAAUUGGAGCAGAAGUAUCUUGGUCAAGGAGAAGAUGGGAGGAGCAAGCUGACAAGCGAAUCGAACCAGCUGACAUUCUGGAGUGACUCGCCGAUGGGCAAUGGGUCUUCACCAUUCCAUCGCUCUGCAGGCGGUGGCAUGUCUCCCUAUUACAGGGAUGUCCUGUCGUCAUCGAGUAAGGCAAACGAGUCUUUUGGAACAGGCGACAAAGAAGAUAAAAUGAGUGGAAGUAAUGGCUCUAGCUCACUUGGAAGAGACCAUGAUCGUGGUUCAUUGCUCGGAUCGGAUCGCAGUAGUUUAAAGGGAUCAAGCUCCAUUAGCUCGGGGCUGGAUAGACCAGUGUAUGAAGACUCAAUGGAUCACCGUGGAGAUAUUCACUCAGAAACUAGCCACUUGGCUCUGUUACUGGACUCAAGGGCAUCUUUGGAUGCUGAUAGGUGUAACUCUCAGCUUGGAGAACCACAGAUAACCAGUAGAAACCCCACUGCAAAAGACGGAGAGAACGAUCAAUUGUUAGUGCCUUCGGACAAGUUGAGAUCAUUGAAUUUGGAUGAUGGGAAAACUUGUGGUCAUCUGGAAGAUAGUAGUGUUGCCAAAAGGGAUAUGCCUUUGCAAUCUCUACUCCCAUUACCAGCCCCAAGAUCACCUUCAGAAUCUUGGCUUUCUCGCACUUUGCCAUCUGUAACAAGUAAACCACCAGUGCCAUCUUUUCUUGGGAUUCAAUUGCAGUCGAAGAAACAAACUCCUUGGGCCUCAAUACAACCAAAAGCGAAUGAUACUAAACCUCUCAGGCCACGACAUAUAAGAUUUGCGGAUGUGCUAGAAAGGCCUAAUUGGUUGAAUUCUGAGAUAUGAUGUCAUCCCUCAAGACCAAUAUCUCUAAUACCUUGGAGGGCAACACGGCCAUAUAUCUGCCAACGCCCAAUCUUUCCCUGGAUGUCGCCCACUGUAUGCUGUCGAAAUGUUGGCUAUGAUCAGCUACUGUGUACCAGCCAGCAGAAAGGUAGUUAUCGGUUUGCAUGCGAUAUACUCUUUGCAUAUUAUGUGCAGUGUGUUACUCAAGGUAAGUUGGCGUUGGAUUAAAUCAGUUGUAAAUCACAUCUAUACAGGAUAGCUUCUGUUUGCUUUCUUUACAGUCCAUACAUCAUGUAGAACUAUCUAGUCCAUAAUAGGUUGAGUUAUCAUCAAAUGUAAUUGCACGUAUCAUAGAAUAAAAUGCCAAAGCAAAUCAGGCUUCCAUGCGGAGGUCAUGCCUGAUAUUUUCAGCUCAAAUGUACAUCCUACCUGACUAUUUUCUCGUGUGAUUCCAAUAAUACUCUCGUUUCU